GCGCCGACGCGACGAGUUAGUGCGUCUCGCGCGAUCCAUGAGAGCUGGAUUAGCAAUUUGCAAGUUGUCGUUUACCAAAAACAUCAUUGCGAAUUGCCGUCGUGAAAUUCGAAUUUGCGCUGAGAACGAUACGGACAGCAAAUCUCGCGCUUUGAUUAUUCACGGUAGUGCGCGGAAGAGUGCGAGAUUUAUUUUGAGUGAAAAAGUGAUCUUGAAAAAUAUAUCGAUCGCAAUUUUGAGUUGAUUAUGCCAGUCGAGUUGGACGCCAUGGCGCCUGUAGCUCCUGCAUCCUAUAAUGGGGAGAAGAAGAUGAAUAAGCUGUGUCGGCAGCUCUCGAUUGAGAGCCCUAGCGUGACCGGACGGGAGUGCGUAUUCAGCUUCGACGUGCCCGUGCCGGACGUACCGACGCACGGCGCCCGCAUCAGAGUGAUGUGUGCUGGAGCGUGCUACCAUCCUCGCCGUUCGCCGAGUCUGAACAGCCUGACGUCGGUGUCGAGUGGCAGCAGCCUGGUCACCGACGUGUCCAUGGAGAGCGACUACCCCGUGUCGCUGCCACAUCAUGGGGUGCGCGAUGCUGCUCUGUUCCCCGGCUACGAGGUCGCUGGUGUGAUCGAGUCGUUCGGUACUGAAGUGCCCGAGGACUGCGAGCUCGCAGUGGGCGAUCGUGUGAUCCUUUAUCCAUACGACGGCAUUCCUAACGGCUACGUCGAGUACCUGGUGGUGCACGACCUCAAAUACCUGAUUAAGAUCCCGGACAGUAUGUCGCUUAGCGUGGCGGCUAUGCUUCCGGCCGGCGCGCUCUUGGCAAUGAACACCGUCUUUGCAGCGCACGAGCAUGUGCAGGCACUGCUGAAGGAGAGAGGUGAGAAGAGCGUGUGCAAGAUUCUGAUAGUUGGCACAGGUGGCCUCGCUCUGUGGGCGCUCAGAAUCGCGUCGUAUCACUUCAGCAAUAUGAGGGAUAGAGUCACCACCACGGUGGCUAGUCUUAAGGACGACGGUCUUCAAAUAGCCCAGGAGUUUCAACGUCGACACGUCGGUUACAGAGUGAACGUGGUGCAGUGGAGCGAAGAUCUCUACGAGAAGCAGCUGAUCGAGCGUACGAUGGACGCGUGCCAAGGCCAGGUGGACGUGGUGAUCGACUUCGGUACGACAUCGCGCAACCUCCACCGCAGCAUGCAGUGCCUCAGCAAGGGCGGCGUGGUGUUCGUGAUCAAGGAAGUGGCUGACCGAUUGCUGCCCAAGUUCAGCCGACGAGCGGAAGACAGGCAGCAGUCUAUCAGACCGGUCGAGCCGGGUACUCUCGAGCAGCUGCGCGAGAUUGUGCAGCUGGUCGGCUCCGGCGAAAUCGAACCACCACCGCACACCGUCUACCCGGCCGAAGAGGCGCUCGACGUCGUGCACAAACUCUGUCACUCGGAGAUCCAAGGUCGCGCGAUCCUCCGCUUCUAUCCCGCGGAUUAAAGGAUCCAUCGCUGGGAUUACUAUUCGCGAUCGCGCGGAUUAACGGACAAAAGACAGAUUCGAUGACGACGACCACAACCACUGAGAAGUAGCCGAGACGGUGGUCCAACUGUCGAGAAUUGUACGGUAAUUGUAUGAUCAGCGCGUGCGUUUCCGGAGUCUCGAUAUGAAAUGUAACAACUCCGACAGAGUUGAGUUAUCAUGAGCGACAAGUAGUUCUGCCGAUAACCGGAGUUUAGAUUAGACGUGGUGAGACGACAACGUAUCGCGGUAUACGACAGCUCGCAGAUGCAAAGAGGAGAAAGAAUUGGUGGGGGAGUCUUUUCACAGAAUGAUAUUUGCUCGUUUUGACAUAUUAUUUUAUACGAUUUGAUCGCAUGAUGAUAAUUUUGAAGAACACGUUAUCCUUGAGGGAGAGAUCUCCUCAGCAUACCAAGGAGUCUUUCCCGCAGAUCUUUUUUUCUCAAACCUGCGAGGCUUGUUACGGGCCGAGACGGAACAUGACUUUGUGAAUUGUAGUUUUUUUGUUUGAAGAAACGAGCGAUUAGAUCUUGUACUACGCGAAAAUAGUCACGCGUUUUGCGUAUGUGGGACGUGUGUAAUGAGGACGAGAGAAAGAGAUAAUGCCAGUGUAACAAGAAAGCAACAUUAUUUCCAAUGACACUUUCUUUAUCUUCCAUGAAUGGAUGUGUAAUAAUUGCUUAAUGCGUAACAAAGUCGAGAAUAAGCGACGAUUUACAGGGUGUGACAUUAAUGGAUAAAACUCUGAUGUAAGUGAGGACGGUACUCUAUUUUCGUGUUUCGUCCUCUCGAGCGAAAAUUAAUGAACGGAGGAGACACACUUACGCAAAGCAAUAUAAUUAUUGCUCGACACGCGUCCCUUUGAAAUCGAAUGACGCGCAGAAUGGUGACGAUGAAAACUUUGACUUAGAUCGAUAUGAUGACACUUUCACAAAUUACCGAGUAACGGCAACGGUGAAUAGUCGUGUUAACGGUGACAUUUCAAUGAUUACAGUAAUGUGGCUCAUACGAGUACUUAAAGUCGUUAUGGUAAAAAUAGAAACAAUAGGAAGAACAGAUUCGAAACGAUUUGGGAUGAUCGUAUUAAUUAUACUAAUUCAAUGUACAUGCGUUGCGAUUGACAACGACUAUUUAAAGUUGCCGCACAAGAAAGGAUUGAAAAAGACUAUUUUUGCUUAAAACGGACAAACGAGCGAUCUUUGAGAUUUUCCUAACAAGACGUUCCAUUGAUAUCGCUAAAGGAGUGACGACAGUCCGUAUUUCUCGUCGCGCAUUUUGAAUUGCGAGUGUGAAAAUUCCAAUCGGAACCAGAUAAUUAUAAAUAUUUGCUUAUACAACAAAUAUAUAUAACAUAUGUAAUAUGUACUAUUAUCGCACAUCUCACCGAACCCCGUUAAAUUCUGAGUACGUGGCGAGAAUACAGGCUUUCCGGUUUCUUAUGUAAAAAACCGACGUGAAUGAAGAAUUUCAGGAUGAGAAUGAUUCACGGUAAACACGGUGAGAAUGCGAGACAAUGACCUCGUCGAGCGCACCAUUCAUCCGGUUAAGCGGUAUUCCUUACUGUAUUAAAGACAUUUGUCGCCGCUCACUUCAAUUAUCGAGAACGUCGUUCCCAACAAUUGCAAUAACCAGUAGUCGUGUCUUACGAUUAUUUGAGAUACGUGAAUCACGUCGGCUACGAGACUAUCAUUGUCGCGAGUGACGUUUCACGAUAAUCAGACAUCGUCGAGUGUGGUUGACGAAGCAUUGCAAAUUAUUACCGCAAUUCCCAAGCAAGUCCGAUAUUUCUCAGUACACUUCGAUGCAUACCGCGGUGAUGCCGCAGCCCAAGAUCAAACGUGUAUUUAGUGUCAAUUCAGAAGUAAUAAUCGAUCGAAUGCCUGUGUGAGCCUAGAAUAAGUUCUCUGUUUAAGAUAAGGAUGUCGAGCCGUUAGUGAAUGUCCGUUUUCUACCGUAAGAUAUGAGAUAUCGUUGCUCCGUAAUGAAGAGAUGUAAUUACUCGUGUAAGUUAAUUUGCGAUCAUCGACUUGAAACACACGCGGUAGGUAACGUGUCCACCUGAACUGAGAAUGUAACUAACGAAGUGCGAAGAAACUUUUCUGCAAGAUGCAUUUUAUAAUUAUUGAAAGCGAGAUAUGGUUACUGUGCCUUUGUAGAUGCUUCUUUUUCGAUUCUGAUACUUGAUAAGUAUAGGAGAGAAACUCUCUUUUUAUUACUAUAUAAAUAUAAUAUAUAUCUCUUCUCUAUGAUGGGUGCUUUCCAUUUAAUAACACAAGUCGACACAAGCAUCAUCCUAUCUUAGUUACUCAUUGAAUAUGGAACAAAGACAGAAUAAUGUUUAUGUCGACUUGUGUUAUUAAAUGGAAAGCACCCGAUAUAACACACACAUCCUGGUCAGUGGGCACAUUUCCUCAUGGAAAAGCUUAAAAAAAUCAGCUUGUUCGACACGAAUUCUCAACGACAACCGAGACUUUCGGUUGAACGUGAACGUAGAUUCACUCAAUUUUAAUGUUCUGUUAUUCGUCCUAGAUUCAGGUACAAUUGCCUCAUUGCGUCAACAAUAUGUCAUCUUACGGUAUUGCACGGAUAUUCGCGUGAGACGCUAUGUUACUUCGUUAGGAUUCUACCCGAUAAGACGGGGAAUGUAUUUAAAUCGUAGUUGCAUCGUAGCCAAGAUCGCAUUCGGUUCUAGAAACUCGAAUCGCGUUUCGAGGUCGAAAGGAACAGGCGUCCUACAUUAAUCGGGCACAUUCGUGAUAUCUGACGGCGCUUUAUCAUAAACCGGCACGAUAGGAGCAUAACUCGCAAUAACGUUAAUUUGAUCGAGCGUAUAUAUUCGCGUCCGAGAUGUAUCUCUCGUUGAUUGUCGUUAUAUCCUUAGAUCAGUAUUCACCUUUUCGUUUAGUGUAAGUUUAGCGUAAGUCGAUUCGCGUAAGGUCACGGCGAGUCGCUGUAUCUCGAAAGACUGUUUUGUUUAUUUAAGCAGUAUGUAUCCUCUUAUUUUUUGUAACGUACAUUUAGGGCGCUUAGCGUCGUAGUACACGCCGCAUCGUCAUGUUAUUGUACCUACUACUGUUGAUUGUAACGAUAAACGAUUAUAUUACGGUAAUAAUAUAACCGAUAUGUUCUUUUCUCUUUUGUAA